GCUUUUUCGCCGAUCAUACACAGCCCGCACAGCACACAGCACACAGCGAACGGUGUAUAGUGCACAGCGAAGGAAGCGCUAUCUAUGGUAGCAGAAACCUGUACUCGAGCAGAUGUCGUUCCGACUCCAUAUCGCCCUUCUUCAUGCAGCGAAAUCAAUUGUGCUACUGAAGGUCCGAGGAAUACCUGUGAUCCACUUCCAGUCCUGCGUACCAGUGCCGGCACCCGUGUUAGCCAUAGCGAAGGCUUCACACCCUGCCCGGUCGCCGCGAUGCAGAGCCCAGUUUUCGGGAGGAAAGGUGAAACUGAACGCUGAAAUCCUCAGUCAAUACGAUUCGAGCCAAUCAUUCCGCACAGUUGAGAACACGGGUGGAGCUUCCGCGUCUGGCGAACUAACCGACCGGCGAAACAAACUUGCUGCGAGAACAGUCCCGGUUCGCAUUGCGGCUGGUUGCAGAGAGGAGCGUUACUACUUUCCCGCUACUUGGUGUUUUCCGGAUAUAAGCCCAGGCCAUCGUUUUAACUAUUCCACGGCCAACCCGGUCCACCCUCCUCGCGAGCCCUAAUAUCGCCGUUCACCACAGCUGAGAAUCUCAGCUGAACUCACCUUGGCGGCAUCGAUGUGCACUGCGGUGUUCAGUUCGCAUACGCAUCGAGCGGGCUGCAUCUCUGUACUCCGGAGUAUGAAUCUCACGAAUCGCCAUAACUAUCAUGGAUUCACUUCUAG